GUUAAAGACCUCGCUAACAGUCUUAAACGCCUGAGGUGAAGUGCGUUUGAAGUGUUUCUGCAAAGUAUUUGACUGGAAUAUUUUUAUGAAUCUUGUAAGCUUUUUGCGUUAUAGUUAAUGAUGACAUAAACACACACCAAAUGGUUGUCAAGGUAACAUCCAAAAGGGAAACACAUGAAGAAUUUGACAUAUUUUGUUGCAUACUUAGUCAUUUUCUUUCUUAAAAAUGGCUACGUCAAGUGUUGUCCAGAUUACUUACCGCCAAAGAAUGGGCGUAUGAUAUGUGAUCAUCUCUUGGGGAAGUACUGUACGCCCUCAUGCGACGAAGGCUAUGUACCUGCAUCUCUUCCCGCCUGGGCGUACGUCUGUAAUCCCACAACAAAAAGGUGGAUGACCUACCCAGAGUUUUACCCACUGCCAUGGCCAGACUGUGUAGUUAAAGGACAAAGAAAUAUAAAAACUGCCGGCAAAUCUUUUGUUCCACAGAACUUCAGCUUUGCGCAAACAAAGAUAUAUAAUCCUUUCGGUGUUAGUGAAACCAAAUUAUCGGUUGGUUUGGCAACAAAGCGCGAAAAACUUGCUGAAAAUAAAUUCAACUCAACGAAGGAGAACGUUCAACAACAAAACAAGACAACACCAUCGAAUUCCGACUUGAAAUCUGUUUCCUCCACACUUUUUGAAAACUCCUCGCAAGCCCUUUCGUAUCAAGUUGUUGAACACCGUCAAAAUAACCGAACAAUGAUAAACAAAGUGGAUUUGACUAAUGUGACGUAUAGUCAUGGCGUGAACCAGAACAUGGUGGAUAUUGGUAAUGUUUCGAUAACAGCAACCAGAGCCCAAGUUCCAUUGUCCGUUAAUGUAACUGAGGUAAAACAAAAAUUAAAUCAAAGUAAAAUUCGACAAGAAGGAAAAGAUAAAAAGAGGAAGAAGAAAAAGGGAAAUUCAAAACAAAAAGAUCAGACUGAGCCAAUGCCUUUCCAUAGAGGGUUAACAUCUACCACGCAUAAACGAAUACCACCGCAUAAAUCGAUUGUAACCAUGACAAAUACGGAGAUAAAUGGCGGAAUAAAAGAAAAGAAGGAUAAUGUUGAGAUAGUCACCAGGACUACACUAAUUAUUAAAUCUGAUAACAAAAAUCAUAUAAGUAUCGUGCCAGCUGUCAGAGACGUCAUAGCUGGAGAAGAUAACACACCAGGUGCGAAUCAUACUACAAAUGAAAUUCAACAUAAUAUUACGAGUAGUAUCGCCAACAUUAAUGCGUCCAUGUCAGAACACCAAAAUAGUACCACUUUUAAGACGAUUUCUGCGAACUUCAGUGGAAUGCCAACUAUGUCUGAAACUUACAAGAAUAUUUCAUUACUUAAUAAUACACUUCCUAGUAUUAACUUCACGCGCAAUGACACUGUUGUCAAUAAUACUGACACAAGUACGUCUAACAGUACUACAAGGACAAUUAAUAUGCCACAAAAUAGCACUGUCUCUGCUGGAAAUUAUACCAUGUCGCCUCUUUCUAAUAAGACUAGUUCUGCAAUCACUGCUGUUCACGACAAUGUCACAUUGUUCGGAACAGUAGAAGAUAAUCAAAAUAAUGGCCACACGUCCUUUAAUAAAACGGUAAACAAUACUCAAGCGUCUUCAAGUAAUACAAAAGAUAAUCAUAAUAGCUCCAGCAUCAACAGAGAAUCCAUGCAUCCUGCAAAUAUUUCUACCGAUAAUGACCUAAUGCUGAAAAAUGCGCAUUUAAUUCAACCUUCCAAAGAUGGUAAGACUGUCCACAGAGCAAGUAAAAAUGCUAAUAACACUAAUCUUAUCUCAGGCGAAGAUGAGAAGUAUGACCACAGAAAAAAUAUAAGUAACAACGGAGAACAUGGACAGACUCAUCGAGAUUCACAGAGUAUAGACUCUAGUGAAAAAAGAGAGAGGGAAACUGACCAUAAAAAGGAUGCAGAAGAAAAGCAAAAAAUAUGGAACAACAAUCGUAAUAAAUCACUAGACACUGAAAAAAUACAGUCAAUUCAUAAGAACGUAUCAAAUGAUGAAGAAAAACCUGAUUUCAUGUUAAACAAUCUCGAAAAUGGCACAAAGCGUAGUGAUAGUAACGGGCUACAAAGUAAUAUCUCUUCAGAUGCUCUUAAAAAAACUUUAAAACCUGUUUUUACCAAAAGAGAUUUAAAUUUAUUGCGUCAUAUGGUGUCUGGUGGGAUGUCUAACUCGAAACGUUCAGAACUUCGACAUGUUUCAUCAAGCCUUUGGUCCAAAAUGUUGGGUUUAACUGCCAAUAUCGAUAAUAAAUCGUUUCGAAAACCUCGUAUGCCUACGCGUAAAGAUUUGGCUAACAGAGACUCGCCCAUUGCUCGGUUAAUCAUGUCGAAAGUGAAUAAAAAUGGAGAAUAUAAAUUUCAUGAUACUAUUAAUCCGUUUUUAUACGGACUAAAACACGGAGCGUUAUCACGUUCAAAAACAGCAGAAUCAAAUCCUUUUGCACGUCAGUUUGUUUGGAAUGGAGCUACAUAUGUACCGGCAGCUGAAGCAGGGAGCUUCUUCUCUUACUUAAAUAGUGAAAGUGGCGGUGGUUUAUCACCAAAAAGUAAUUACCGCUGGAAUGGAGCUACUUUUGUACCGAGAGAAGAAUCUGAUUCAAAUUCCGACCCUUCCGGUUCCGAUAGUGCAAAGAAAAAGGUUUUUCCUGAUGAUAUUACAAAUAAGGAGAUACAGGGAAUACUAGAUAUGUGGAACGGUUAUGCAUCAAAGAAUUCGAUUUCAAUACCAGAAUCAAAUUCCCUUCCUGCAAAUGAAAAAUCGGAUUUUAAUCCAAAUAAUUCGGGUAACUCAGGUAACGCAGAAACAGGGGGAAAUCAGGGAUCCGUGAACACGCCAGCUCAGAUUAAUAGUCAACAAUUAGCAAACACCCCUUCACCGCCAACAACUAAACGACCGGAGAAACUUUAUUACUGGGAUGGAGAAAAAUAUGAACGUUUAACUGCAACGAGUAACCUUGCAGAAGGCACCAUCAAGUACAAAUUUGAUGGUCAAAAUUACAAUCCAAUAGGUCAAAUACCAUAUGACCAGUUUGUUACACCUUCUAUUACGACAACAGAGAACAAGCCUACUAGUACUCCAGCAACGUACAAUAAUUUUCCGACGGUGACAACGACGGUUACGUAUCCUUCCUACGAUUGGACAGGUGCCGUGUUGCAGCCUCAGACUCAAAGUCCAGAGUCUUCAACUUCGCAGUACGUACAUGCGCAGUAUAAAAGUGAUCAAUCAAACACUUUGAGUGAAUAUGAAAAAAAAACCACACCAGCAAAAAUGGAUAACAAUAUUGAGAACAUCUUGCAAGCCCAUUACCCACCUCCACCACCGCCACCUCCACCACCACCACCACCGCCACCACCACCACCACCUUCACUACCGCCUCCACCGCCACCUCCGCCUCCGCCACCACCACCUAGUGAAUCUAUUGAUCAAGUUGUGGCAGGAGAAACAGCCAAAGCUGCAGCAUCACGUGUAAACCAAAUACAAUCCUCAGAUCUGUUUAAAGCGAAUAUAGACUUUCCGACUAAAGGAGUAAGCGAGACAAAUUCAUAUGACGUUAUCAAGGAUAACACAAGUAUUAUGUCAACAACACAACCUGUUACUCAGUCUUCUAUUGAUUUACCCAAACUUCCUACUUCAAAAACUGCAAUAGAAAACAAACCGACACAAGCGAUUAAAGCUGAACCGGCAGGAAUUCUGCUCCCGCCUCCAAAUCCAUAUGCUGCCAAUCCGAGCACAGUUAGUGUUCAAGUGACUAAUCAAAAUCAUGUUACCUUUAUCGAUCCAAAAUUAUCCCAUGCUGAAAGAAUAAAAACUUAUAUAAAAGACCCUGAAAAAUCAAAUUAUAUUAAAGAUUUGCCCAAAGUCAACCCGAAUCCAGCAAAUCCGUUUCGGGAGGACGCUGAAGAUUUGCAAGCUGUGAUUGAAAAUGAUUUAAACAUCAAGCGAGAAAUUGAAUCGUUGUCGCAACUUUAUGAACACUCUUCUGCUGAUACACUGGUUGAUGUUCCAGCAGCUUUCAAGCAACAAGCUGAGAAUGCAAAUAACAGAUUACUAGUAUCUCGGCUUAUACCACCAAAACCAGACUUAGAGCAAGAGCUAAAUAACGACCUUCAUAACAAAGCUCCAGAUGACACGGCAGCCGGAAAAGACAUCGAAGCCGCGGACCGAUAUCUCCAAAAAGAAGAAGACCAACAAAACUUCGCUCAAUCGAAUGCAGUUGUCCAAACAAACGGCAACGAUAAAGAAAGAACAGAAAGACUAAAAGCUAUACUUCAAAAGGCCAAGGAUGAAGAUGAAUACCAUAAUGACAUCAUGGGACUCCAAGGGGGAAGAGGGAACACAAAGAACAAUGCGAAGGAGGGUUACAUUGACAGCCUUAGUAUGAAGGAGAAAAACAACAUUGAAGAAACGCUAAAGCAAGAUAUGGCUAAAUUAAAAUCCGAUAGUUUCCAAAGUAAACCGAUAUCCGAUACUCCGUCUGAACAACCUGAAAUUCCUGGGUCAACGGAUAAUAAAUUAUCCGGAGAUUUAGGCGAAGACAAAUUCGUCCUGAGCGUGGCAGAUAUAAGAGAAUUAUUGAAAUUAACGAAGCUUGCAGAACGUGAGUCCGCUGCUAAGAAGCAUGGCCUAACUUACCCAACAAUUUCAAAUUCUCAUGCUAUGCAACUUUUGCAUAAGCCGGGUAUAAAAAAAUUCCUUACUUACUUACAGAAGAAUCACUCUCUAAUACGAGAACGAAUUGGAACAGACAAAUUAGGAGAACUGAAGAAGAAGAAGGAAAAAUACAAAGCUGAACUAGCUAAGUUAUUAUCUUCAUGGAAUAGCAGAUACCACCAACUAAAGCUAGCUAACAAGAGAAACCCUUUACCAAAGUUCGUUGGUUAGUGACUGUCACCCACAAUUGUCUCAUUUCAUGUAAUACUCAUACAAUAUAUUUAUUUCCUCUACGACUUUUUAUAAUCUAUGUUUACCGUUUUAAAUUAUAUGUUUUACCCAGGAGAACCCUCCAAGGUUUUACGAUUUCAAUAAUCGUUAUGAUAACGGUCACUUUUUACCCCGGCUCUCGUAAACUUUUAUAAUUUGUAAAUUAUGUAUCCCAUGUAAUAUUUGGGUUGUGAAUAGUGUAGAUAAAAUAAAUACUUUAUAUAUUC